GUCUUGCACAGGUGUACCGGCUCCUCCCCUCCAGUCUUGUACAGGUGUACCGGCUCCUCCCCUUCAGUCUUACACAGGUGUACUAGCUCCUCCCCUUCAGUCUUGCACAAGUGUACCGGCUCCUCCCCUUCAGUCUUGCACAGGUGUACCGGCUCCUCCCCUUCAGUCUUGCACAGGUGUGCCGGCUCCUCCCCUUCAGUCUUGCACAGGUGUGCCGGCUCCUCCCCUUCAGUCUUGCACAGGUGUACCGGCUCCUCCCUUCAGUCUUGCACAGGUGUACCGGCUCCUCCCCUUCAGUCUUGCACAGGUGUGCCGGCUCCUCCCCUUCAGUCUUGCACAGGUGUACCGGCUCCUCCCCUUCAGUCUUGCACAGGUGUACCGGCUCCUCCCCUUCAGUCUUGCACAGGUGUACCGGCUCCUCCCCUUCAGUCUUGCACAGGUGUAGCGGCUCCUCCCCUCCAGUCUUGUACAGGUGUACCGGCUCCUCCCCUUCAGUCUUGCACAGGUGUAGCGGCUCCUCCCCUCCAGUCUUGUACAGGUGUACCGGCUCCUCCCCUCCAGUCU